AUGUCCGAGCAGCCCACGUCGGACCACUCGCCCCCUUUUAUUUGUAUCGACGCCUCUGACGCGAAUACCCAGCACCUGGACGAGGACAAGGUCCGGACGAGUGUGCUCGACCGAUUCAAACGCGCCCGCACGACUAGUCCUGAUACCGACUGCUCCAGCACAGAAGCAGACGGCUCCGAACGACUCACCUAUAGCCUUGCACCCAGCCACCUCGGCAGUUCUGUCUCUGAAGACAUGUCGCACAAGCCACAGACGGACGAGGCGGUGGACUCUCUGCUGAACGACUCGGCCCUGCAGCUGCACGACACGCGCACCACCGACUCGCUCGUCGGCCAGGUCCAGGCAUGGAAGGCCGCACGACCCAACAUCGGCGAGACGUGGUACGUCGUACCCGCGCGCUGGUACAACACGUUUGUCGCCGAUCCAAGCGGAACGACAGCGAUCAACACCACACAGCUCAAUGAGCCCGGCAUGCAGCGUGUGCGCACCGGCGCAGCGGAGGGCAUCGACUACGAGCUCCUUCCCCGCAUCGCCUGGGACAAGAUCCUGGCGCGCUACGGGCUCGUGGGCCCCGCACUGCCGUGCGCGGUCAUCGCCGGCGCCCAUCCUUCGCACCCCCCGCGCAUCGAGCUCUUCCCUCCCCACAUCGAGCUGAUCCGCAUCAGCGUGCCGGCCGCGACGCCGAGCACGCUGCCGAGCACGACACUGUCUGCGUCCUCGACGCUCGCCAAGCUCAAGGCGCAGGCGCGUGCCAUGCUCGCGCUCGGCGUCCAGGAUGCCGACCUGCGCUUUGUGCGCGUCCCUGACGAGCUGCGCACGCGCGCCGCAUCCCAGGGCGGGCGCGUGCCCGAGGCAGACAUCCGUACCGCCGUUCCCCCUGCCGAGGUCGUGGAGGGUGCAGACGGCGCGACGCUCGGCGCACUGCAGCUCGACACGCCUCGUGUCCUGCUGGCGGUCGACGUGCGCACGGCCGGCGCCUGGCAAGUGGAUCUUUCCCCCAAGGGGCCGGUUACGCGUUCGCAGACGGCGUCCAGCGGUCCGACGCGCGGCCUGCGUGGCUUGGCGAACCUCGGUAACACGUGUUUCAUGAACAGUGCGCUGCAGUGCCUCAGCAACACGCCCGAGCUGCAGCAGUACUUUUUGAACGAGGUGCACUGGGAGGAGAUCAAUACAGACAACCCCCUCGGCAUGGGCGGCGCGAUCGCGAGCGCCUUUGGCCGCCUGAUGCAACAGCUGUGGGGCGGCAACCAAGGCGCGGUCGUUCCCCGCGAGUUCAAGACGGCGCUCGCGCGCUUUGCGCCGCAGUUCACGGGGUACGCGCAGCAGGACAGCCAGGAACUGCUUGCGUUCCUCCUGGAUGGUCUGCACGAGGACCUCAACAGGAUCCUCAAGAAGCCCUAUAUCGAGGCGCCCGACUGGCCGGGCGGAAGUGACAAGGACAUGGUCCGCUUUGCGCAGCAGCAGUGGGAUAUCUACAAAGCGCGGAAUGACUCGAUGAUCGUCGACCUCUUCCAGGGCCAGUACCGCUCCACGCUCGUUUGCCCGGUCUGCGACAAGAUCUCGAUCAAGUUCGAUCCGUUCAUGUACCUCACACUCCCUAUUCCCAACACACGCAAGUGGCGCGGCCGCGUGUUUGUCGUGCCAAGCGACACGACGCAGCCCAUCGUGCAGGUCGACGUGCAGCUGCCCGCGACGGCGACCAUCGCCCACCUGCGCGACAAGACGGCGCAUCUCCUCUCGAUCGAGGCCAAGAACCUGGUCGUGGGCGAGGUGUGGUCGCACCACGUUUACCGCUGGCUCGCGGACUACGAACCGGUGCGCGACCUGAGCGCAGGCGACUAUAUCUACCUCUGGCAGCUCCCUGUGCCGUUCGCCAUGCCCGCCGCCCUCAAAGGCGGCAGCCGCUUUGGGUUCUUCAAGAGCGCGUCGCGCUCGGUGGACGAUAUCGAGCGCGCAUUCUCGCCACCGACGCCGACCGAUAGGGUGACGCUGCCCGUCUUUUCGUGCCUAGCCCCAGACGCCCUGUCCUCGAGCCGCUUCGGCUCCUUCCGGCGCACGCUGGGCGAGGGAUUCGGGCUGCCGUUCUUUAUCACGAUCGCGCGCGAGGACCUCGGCAAGGCGGAUGCCGUGUACAACGCCCUGGCGGCCCAAUACGCACGCUUCAGCAAGCACCCGGGCGACACGCCGAGCGCAUUCCGCCAGCGGGUGCAGGACGCGCCGCGCAGCGAGGGCGACCAAGGCAAGCCGCCGUUUAGCGUUCGCUUCGCAGUGCCGCCGAGCGACGAGCCGCUGCACCGCGGCGACGAGGCAUCCGAACAGAGCACCGAGGUGCUCGACGAGCGGCUGCAGCGCCUCUCCGGCCCCGAGGGAUGGCCGACGUUGUACAACGGGGGCGCACUCUUUUGUCUGUGGGACGCCACGACGGCGCAUGCGCUCUUUGAGCCCGUGCCGUCGAACCAUACAUGGGGCGCCGUGCGCGUUGCACAGGACCCCGAGUUUGAAAAGGGCUCGCAGCAGCUGGCCGAUGGCCGGCGGCGCACGCCCAAGCUCCAGCUCGACGACUGUCUCGACGAAUUCACGCGCGCCGAGCAGCUCGGCGAGGACGAUUUGUGGUACUGCCCGAGCUGCAAAGAGUUCCGCCAGGCCAUGAAAAAGUUUGAUCUGUGGAAGGUGCCCGACAUUCUCGUGGUGCACCUCAAGCGCUUCAGUGCGGGGCGCAUGACGCGCGACAAGCUCGACAACCUCAUCGAUUUCCCGAUCGACGGGCUGGACCUGAGCGACCGCGUGGUCGGCACGCAGCUGAUGCGCGAGCUGGGCGACGAAAAGCCGCCUGCCACCAUCAAGGUGGGGGACAAUACCCUUGCACACGACGCACACGACGACGCCGUCGCCUCCGAUCGCCCGAUCUACGAUCUUUACGCGGUGGACAAUCACUUUGGUGGGCUGGGCGGCGGACACUACACGGCCUUUGCCAAGAACCCGCAGGAUGGGCGCUGGUACAACUACGACGACUCGAGCGUGCGCCCGGUCGCAGACCCUGAGACGGUGAAGACCAGCGCGGCCUACCUGCUCUUUUACCGCCGCCGCACGGCGCGCCCGAUCGGAGGCAAGUCGUUCGACAAGACGGAGAAAAUGGCACGGGGCGAGCUGGAACGCUCCAAGCCCCGCGCUGUGCCUCCUGUGUCGUCGUAUGCUGCAUCGGGGUCGUCGUACCUUGGAAAUACGCCGCUUCCCCCGAGCUCGGACGACGAUUCGUCCGACGCAUCGGGCGAGGACGAGCCGAGUUUGUAG